AUGUCUGUCACUUCCCCGCCCAAUCGUUGGACGUCGCCCCCGCCCGUUUACGACCACGGUCUGCGCGCCGGCACCACGCUGAACCCGUACCUCGAGCUCCCCCACCUGCUCUCCCUCACCUGGCUCGCGUACCCCAUCCUCUCGCUCCUCUUCAUCGUCUUCCGCCUCUCCAUCUCCUCCGACUCCGCCCAGACAGCCGUCACGAACGCGAAGGACGACCUGCUCUCCGCGUGCCAGGCCGCCCAGCGCGCCGCGUCCUCCACCGCGAGCAUGCCCCGGUACAUGGCCGUCGCCACGAACGAGCAGAUCGCAGACGCCGUCAACGGGACGAUGAACGCCGCCCGCGCCGCGCUGAUCCUCGCCCUGACGGUGAUGGAGACGGUCAUCAACUUUAUCGUCGACAUCUACCGCUCGACCUUCCUGUGCUUCCUGGAGCUGAUCGUGCGCGGCGCGCUCUCCAUCCUCAUCGGUGCCACCCAGGAGAUCUCCAACCUCAUCACGAGCACGUUCGACGGUCUCCGCACCUCGAUCCAGAACGAUAUCUCUUCGGCCAAUUCGGCGAUCAAAACCGCCAUCGACGCCAUCAACAAGGUCAACCCCUUCAGCGACAUCUCCGUGCCGCAGAUAUCCGUCCCCAGCUUGGACGCGCUCCAGAACGUCACGCUCCCGACCGACUUUCAGGAUGCGCUGCUCAAGCUGAACGCGUCGAUUCCCUCGGUGUCAGAUUUGAAGGACAAGGUCAACGGAAUUCUUGAUACGCCGUUCGAGCUUCUCAAGAAGGAUAUCAAUGAUACCUUCAUCGGCAUCAACUUCAACUCGUCUGUUCUCCCCGUGCCGGAUCGCAGUACUCUUUCGUUCUGCGAUAACAUGGAUACCUCAGUGGUGGACGAUCUGGGUCACGACUUGCUCAAGAUUGCGAAGAUCGGCAUCAUCAUCAUCGCCGCGUUGGCUCUUUUGCUCUUGGCAGGCAACUGUGCGCUGGAAUGGUACAAAUGGCGCUGUCUGAAGAGGCAUCUCGAGUAUACCCGCCAGGCGUGGAUGUCCGACCCCACCAUCGCGCACGAGAACUCUACCGCUUCGCAACCGACCGUCCAGCUCUCCGAUCACAACCUGCUCAUGCUCCAGGCCAACUCGGCGCAUCCUUUCCUGACGCGCCUCGCCAACCAGCUCACCGCGCUGCUCCGUCUGUCUCCGUCUCAGCAUAUCCACGUCCAGUGGUUCUUCCACUACGUCUUCCACCCCCCGGCGCUCGCCUGCUUCCUCAUCGGCUUUUUCGGCAUCCUCUCCGUCCAACUGCAGCUGUUCGCCAUCGCGCCCUUGGAGGCGAGGUACCAGUCCCGGGCGUCCGCCGCCGUGUCUGAUUUCUCAGGCACCAUCUUCACGUCGCUGAACGAGAGCAUGUACAACCAGUCCUCGCUGUACGCGAACGACAUCAACGGGCGCAUCAACGUCGUGCAGACGACGAUCAACGACGGGCUUUUCGGAUGGGUCAACGGGACGACGACGACGCUCAACGACACGCUCAACGUCUUCUACAGCGACAUCCAGAACGCGGUCGCGACCGUGUUCAACGGGACCAUCCUCGAGCAGCCGGCACAGGAGUUCAUCCAGUGCUUCAUCGGCUCCAAGGUCGACGCGCUCGAGGACGCGCUCACCUUCCUCCACAACAAUCUCGUGAUCAACAUGCCCCGCGUCAACGAGAGCGCGCUCGUGCUCUCGCCCGACCAGAUCAACGAGGCGUCGCAGCCGAUCGCGGCGGCCGCCAUCGGCGGGGGCGACGGCAACAGCGAGGGCCUCGUCGGCAGGCUGAUCAACACGUACGUCCAGUCGCUGAAGAAGGAGCGCGUCAUGUUCGCCGUGUUCCUCGCCCUGUGGGGCUUCGUCGUCGUCAUGGGCCUGUGCAUCAUCCUGUGGCACUCGUACGGCAAGGGCUGGAUGGAGUCGCGCAGGAGGCGCAAGUGGCGGCG